AUGCCCUCCCUGUGGAAAGAUAUCCUCCUGGAGACCCUCCUGGGAUACAUUUCUUGGUCUCUCUACCAUGGCCUGGGACCAAUGAUCUAUUACUUCCCUCUGCAAACACUAGAACUCACUGGGUUUGAAGGUUUUGGUAUAGUGUAUCUUUCUCCAGCAUUCCUAACAAUUACUCCUUUCUGGAAGUUGGUUAACGAGAAGUGGAUGCUAGCCCUGUUGCGGAUAAUGACUCUUGGGAGCAUAGCUUCAUUCCAGGCUCCAAAUGCCAGACUCCGGCUGGUGGUCCUCGCCCUUGGUGUGUUUUCCUCGCUUAUCGUGCAAGCUGUGACUUGGUGGUCAGGAAGUGGCCUGCAAAGGUACCUCCGAAUCUGGGGAUUCAUUUUAGGGCAUAUUCUUCUUCUUGUUCUCCGCAUAUGGUACACUUCUCUAAACCCAAUCUGGAAUUAUCAGAUGCCUAACACCGUGAUUCUGACAUUAAGUGCUGUAGCCACAUUUGAUCGUAUUUACACAGAUGGUGACUCUGGUAGACUUGAGGGGAAGAAGAAUGGUGAGGCAGCUAAAGGGAUGGUCUCGAGACCAAGCUGGCUGUUGACAGGAGCUGCCUUUGGUAGCCUUGUGUUCAUCACCCACUGGAUAUUUGGAGAGGUUUCUCUUGUUUCCAGAUGGGCAGUGAGUGGGCAUCCAGAUUCAGGGCCAGAUCCUAACCCAUUUGGAGGAGUAGUUCUACUGUGCUUGGCGAGUGGAUUGAUGCUUUCCGUUUGUUCAUGGUUUCCUGGUUCCAGUAUAAUCUGGUGGGUUACAGGAGCAGCUUCAGCUACAGGACUCCUUUACCUGCCCACGUGGUCAGCUGCUGUUUCUGGCUGCGUGCUUGCCAUCUUCACGGCAUCCCUCUGGCCACAAGUACUUGGACACCUUAUUAGCUCAGGGACAAGUCCUGGGAAAGCCAUGACAGUUGCCAUGGUAUUCUAUCUUCUAGAAAUGUUUUUCUGUGCAUGGUGCACAGCUUUUAAGUUUGUUCCAGGAGGUGUCUAUGCUAGAGAAAGAUCUGAUGUGCUUUUGGGGACCAUGAUGUUAAUCAUUGGACUAAACAUGCUACUUGGUCCUAAAAAAAGCCUUGGCUUUCUUCUUCAAACAAAAAAUAGUCCUAAAAUGCUCUUCAGGAAGAGUGAAAAAUACAUGACACUUUGUAAGAUUAUGGUUUUGUCAAGAUACCCAAUUGUGAAAUCGGAGCACCACCUGCUUCCGUCACCAGAGGGCGAGAUUGCACCAGCCAUAACCCUGACUGUUCGCAUCGCAGACCAGCUGGUGGAUUUUGUUGUGACACACUUUGGAAAUUACGAAGAUGACCUGGACAGGAAACUUCAGGCAAUUGCUGUGUCAAAGCUACUGAAAAAUAGCGCUCAUCAAGUGAUAUUUCUGGGCUAUAUCACCUCAGCCCCUGGGUCCAGAGAUUAUCUACAGCUGAUUGAGUAUGGAAAUGUGAAGGAUAUUGACAGCACAGAUCUUGACCGAUGGUGUGAAUACAUCAUGUAUCGAGGGCUGAUCAGGUUAGGGUAUGCAAGAAUCUCCCAUGCUGAACUCAGUGACUCUGAAAUUCAGAUAGCUAAAUUUAGGAUCCCUGACGAUCCUGUUAAUUAUAGAGACAACCAGAGAGUAGUCAUCGACCAUAGAGAAGUUCCCAAGAAAGUUCAUUUCAAUCCCAGAUUUGGAUCCUAUAAAGAAGGCCACAAUUAUGAGAACAACCAUCAUUUCCAUAUGAAUACUCCCAAGUACUUUUUGUGA